AUGGCAAAUGCUGAAGCUGUGCCCUCGCGAGAGCGAGUGGUCCCGGGAUCCUGCAACAUUCCGCUUGGUGAAUUUCCCGAGACCAUGUCUGGAUCUCCUUUCAACCCAGACAUCCUUGCGGACCAAACCAUUGAGCGGCUUAACGAAGGUCUAGCAAUCGCGGACAAGGAAGCGAUUUCCGUGCUCUUUCUGAAGGACAGCUACUGGCGUGACCAUUUAUGCUAUUCAUGGGACUUUCAUACUCGCGAGGGGGCUCAGGCAAUCGCUACCUUUGUCACUGAGGCACCACCUAGCAAAAUCGAGAUCGACCGAUCAUCUGCCCUGAAAUCUCCCCAUAGGGCUGCCAUCGACGGUUUUGGUGAUGUCUUUGGUAUUGAGUUCUUCAUUAAGGUUACUACGGACAAUGGACAGGGAGAUGGCGUAAUACGACUGGCAGAACAGAAUGGCGAGUGGAAGAUUUUCACCGUCUUCACUUCACUGGUUGAGGUGAAGGGCCAUGCGCAGAAGCUCGAAAGACCAUUUGGUGUCCGCCAUGGCGAGCAGCAGGGCAGAAAGAACUGGAAAGAUCGGCGCAACGAUGAGAUCAACUUCGUAGAAAAGGAACCUACAGUCUUGGUAGUUGGUGCUGGUCAGGGUGGCUUGGGUGCCGCUGCGCGUCUAAAGGUACUCGGGGUCGAUACUCUCGUUAUCGACAGAGAAGUGAGAGUCGGAGACAACUGGCGCAACAGAUACCACCAGCUCGUCCUCCACGAUCCAGUAUGGUAUGAUCAUAUGCCAUACUUGCCCUUCCCGUCCGAUUGGCCAAUCUACACACCCAAGGAUAAGCUGGCGGAUUUUUUCGAAACAUAUGUGCAAUUCCGCGAACUCAAUGUCUGGACUCAGACCGAGAUCAAGUCAUCUUCCUGGGACGAGAGCAAAAAGCAAUGGAUGGUUGUUCUUGAGCGUCAGACGGAAAGCGGAACCGAGACACGCACCUUUCACCCACGCCAUGUCAUUCAAGCUACCGGUCACUCUGGAAAGAAAAACUUGCCUGAAUUCAAAGGAAUGGGAACCUUCAAGGGGGAUCGCAUGUGCCACAGCGCAGAAUUCCCUGGUGCGAAUCCUGAAUCCAAGGGAAAGAAGGCGAUUGUCGUUGGUUCGUGCAACUCGGCACAUGAUAUCGCCCAAGAUUUCGUCGAGAAAGGGUACGAUGUCACUAUGGUGCAACGGAGCUCUACCUGCGUCGUGUCGUCAGAGUCCACAUUGAAAAUCAGCUUCAAAGGGCUUUAUGACGGGACCGGUCCCCCUACCGAAGAUGCCGAUCUUUAUUUGACGAGCAUUCCGUUGCGCCUAUUCAAAGCACAACAGGUCAAAACCACUAAGCUCAUCUGCCAGAAUGAUGCACAGACCAUCGAGGGACUGGAAAAGGCAGGCUUCAAGGUUGACAUGGGAUCUGCGGACAGUGGUCUCUUGUUCAAAUACUACCAACGCGGAGGCGGCUACUAUAUUGACGUCGGCGGCAGCCAGCUCAUCAUUGAUGGGAAGAUUAAGGUGAAGCAAGGCCAGGAGAUAAGUGAGGUACUUCCGCAUGGCUUGCGCUUCGCGGAUGGUUCAGAGCUUGAGGCGGAUGAGAUUGUGUUUGCAACCGGAUAUCAGAAUAUGAGAACAGAGACUCGGGUGAUAUUUGGCGACGAAGUAGCUGAUCGCGUGGGUGACGUCUGGGGUCUUGACAAUGAAGGCGAGAUGCGGACUAUCUGGCGACGUAGCGGUCACCCUGGCUUCUGGUUCAUGGGCGGGAACCUUGCUCUCAGCAGAUACUAUUCGCGUUUGUUGGCCUUGCAGAUCAAAGCACUCGAAACGGGCUUGACUACCUGGUAG